AUGCUGAACAUCUCCCCCUUCUCCUCUGGGCUGAUCAUCCAGCAGGUGUUUGACAAGGGCAGCAUCUACAACCCGGAAGUGCUUGACAUCGCAGAGGAAACUCUGCAUUCCGGCUUCCUGGAGGGUGUCCGCAAUGUUGCCAGCGUAUGCCUUCGGAUUGGUUAUCCGACUGUUGCGUCAGUACCCCAUCUAUCAUCAAUGGGUACAAGCGAGUUCUGGCUUUGUCUGUGGAGAAUGAUUACACCUUCCCACUUGCUGAAAAGGUCAAGGCCUUCUUGGCUGAUCCAUCUGCUUUUGUGGCUGCUGCCCCUUGGUCCUGCUGCUGCCGCAGCCCCAGCCAAGGUCGAAGCAAAGGAAGAGUCGGAGGAGUUGGAUGAGGAUAUGGGAUUUGGUCUCUUUGAUUAA